AUGAGUCACUGUAGCAGCCGCGCCCUGACCCUGCUGAGCAGUGUGUUUGGUGCCUGCGGCUUGCUCCUUGUGGGCAUUGCGGUCAGCACCGACUACUGGCUAUACAUGGAGGAGGGUACAGUGCUGCCACAGAACCAGACCACCGAGGUCAAGAUGGCACUACACGCUGGCCUCUGGAGAGUCUGCUUCUUUGCAGGUCGUGAGAAGGGUCGCUGCGUGGCCUCGGAAUAUUUCCUGGAACCGGAGAUCAAUUUGGUGACGGAAAACACGGAGAAUAUUCUGAAGACAGUGCGCACGGCUACCCCCUUCCCCAUGGUCAGCCUCUUCCUUGUGUUCACUGCCUUCGUCAUCAGCAACAUCGGCCACAUCCGCCCACAGAGGACCAUUCUGGCCUUCGUUUCUGGCAUCUUUUUCAUCCUGUCGGGCCUCUCCUUGGUGGUGGGAUUGGUUCUCUACAUCUCCAGCAUCAAUGACGAGGUUAUGAACAGGCCCAGCAGCUCUGAGCAGUAUUUUCACUAUCGCUACGGGUGGUCGUUUGCCUUCGCUGCUUCCUCCUUCCUACUCAAAGAGGGAGCCGGCGUGAUGUCCGUGUACCUGUUCACCAAGCGCUACGCGGAGGAGGAGAUGUACCGUCCGCACCCGGCCUUCUACCGCCCGCGUCUCAGCGACUGCUCCGACUACUCGGGCCAGUUUCUGCAGCCUGAGGCGUGGCGCCGCGGCCGCAGCCCCUCUGACAUCUCCAGCGACGUCUCCAUCCAGAUGACGCAGAACUACCCUCCCGCCAUCAAGUACCCCGACCACCUGCACAUCUCCACCUCGCCCUGCUGA